ACUUUGUCAAAGUCCUUCCAUACAGAAUCAGUGAUUACUUUGUCAAAGUCCUUCCAUACAGAAACAGUGAUUACUUUGUCAAAGUCCUUCCAUACAGAAACAGUGAUUACUUUGUCAAAGUCCUUCCAUACAGAAACAGUGAUUACUUUGUCAAAGUCCUUCCACACAGACACAGUGAUUACUUUGUCAAAGUCCUUCCACACAGAAACAGUGAUUACUUUGUCAAAGUCCUUCCAUACAGAAACAGUGAUUACUUUGUCAAAGUCCUUCCAUACAGAAUCAGUGAUUACUUUGUCAAAGUCCUUCCAUACAGAAACAGUGAUUACUUUGUCAAAGUCCUUCCAUACAGAAACAGUUAUUACUUUGUCAAAGUCCUUCCACACAGACACAGUGAUUACUUUGUCAAAGUCCUUCCAUACAGAAACAGUGAUUACUUUGUCAAAGUCCUUCCACACAGACACAGUGAUUACUUUGUCAAAGUCCUUCCAUACAGAAACACUGAUUACUUUGUCGAAGUCCUUCCAUACAGAAACAGUGAUUACUUUGUCAAGUCCUUCCAUACAGAAACAGUGA